UGUAUUUUUUCCAUCACUGCAGCAUCACGGCAGAAGGUGUGAACCACCCAGUGGGCUGAAGAAGUAAGGAAAACCAGCGAGAGAGAGAGAGAGAGAGAGAGAGAGAGAAAGGUGUGUCACUAUAGUGUGAGAGGACCAGGAGAAAGCGUCUCGACCUCAUCGUUACCUGUAAAGCAGGAAAGAGUGAGCUGGACUGGACCUGCCGUGUGUGUGUAUACCUGUGUGUGUAUAUUAUAUAUAUAUGUGUGUGUAUCUCUAUGGGACGGUGAACAAUGUCUCGCAUGAAGUGUCACUCAUCGGCCACUAGAGGGAAAAGCAGAUGUGCACAGCUGCUGUUUCUUCUGGUCUGGUUUGGGAAAACGUCCGGAUCCAUUGAAAUCCCUAAACAAUAUAACAUUUCUGACCUGGGAGAGCCUCCUCUGAUCACGCUACAGUCGCAGUCGUACACAGUCUUCUACAUAGACGACGUGUCUCUGCGGUGUGAAGCUAGCGGCAACCCCAAACCCAUCUUUCGAUGGGAGAAGGAUGGCGAACAGUUUACGAAUCAAACAGACAAUUCAGGGAUUUUUACAGCUGACGAAGAUGACGAACUGAAAUCUUACCAUGGGACAUAUCGCUGCUAUGCGGAAAACGAUUUCGGGACAGCUGUAUCGGGCCUGAUACAUGUCACCACUGAGCCCAUUCCAGUCUCAGUGAAAGAAAAGAGAGUGGAGAAGACCGCUAAUGAAGGUGACAGCAUGGUUCUACAGUGUAAUAUUCCAGAGAGCUCAGUGAAGCCUACCAUCCACUGGAUGGACAAGAAAUUGAUGCAUAUUAAGCAAAGUAACCGCAUCACCAUUGGCUUGAACGGUAAUCUGUACUUCGCCAAUGUCCUGACCACCAACACCAGAACCGAUUACACCUGCUACACCCAGUACAUCGAAGCCAGGACCAUUUUAUCCACAGAUCCGAUCUCUCUCACUGUUAAUCCCUCCAACGAGGUGGUGAACAGAAAGCCUGAACUCCACCAACCUAAGGGCAAGCACACUGAAUAUGUUGCCCUCCGAGGCCAGACUCUCAUCCUGGAGUGUAUUCCACACGGAUGGCCCACUCCAUCGGUCAAAUGGGAAAGAAAAGACGCUCCACUUUCCUCCAGUCAGGCAACUAAGAAUCGCUUCGACCGGUGGCUGGAGUUUGAGUCCAUCCUGGAGAGUGAUGAUGGAGAGUACACCUGCACGGCCUCUAAUAUUAUAGGAGAAGUGACACACUCAUACACCGUCACCGUGGAGGCUGCUCCUUAUUGGAAGCGGGAGCCUGUGAGCGCUCGAUACUCCCCAGGAGAGACGGUCAGACUGGACUGUGAUGCUGAUGGCAUUCCUACACCACACAUACACUGGAUGAUUAAUGGGAUGCCCCUCAAUGUGAUGGAUCCAGAGCCGAGACGCACUGUAUACGAAGGGACGUUAAUCCUGACUGAUGUUACGGUUAGUGACACAGCCGUCUAUCAGUGUGAGGCCUCCAAUAAGCACGGCACUGCCCUCCUGAACACCUACAUCCACGUUGUGGACCUGCCUCCUCAGAUUCUGACCGAAGAUGGUCGAGUGUAUCGGUUGAUCGAGGGAUCCCUGUUGUCACUCGACUGCAGUGUUUUCGGUUCUCCGCGACCCCAAAUUAGCUGGGAGAGGACGACAUCCAGUGAGCUUUUGUCCGACGCGAGGGUGUCUCAGAUGACCAACGGGACGUUACGCAUCACCGACGUGAGCCACGAGGACGCAGGAACCUACCUGUGUAGAGCCACGAACAAAAUAAGAAACACCAGUGUGUCCAUUACUGCACUGCUGGUGGUGCUGAACAAGACUCGGAUCGUGGCCCCUCUUUCUGACCACCAUAUGCAACGUGGAAGUUCGGUGCUCUGGCCGUGCAGGUACGAGGUGGACACUCGACUCCCCAAGCCUUUAAUCCAGUGGAGGAAAAAUGGACAAAAGAUCACAACGUCAUCCACAGAUGACAAAUACACAGUUUUUGAAAAUGGAUCGCUGAGGAUCACUGACAUCCAUAUUGACGAUGGCGGACACUACACGUGUGAGGUCAUCUCCAGAUUGGAUGUAGAUAAGAGCACUGGUACACUGACAGUGAUGGAUAAGCCCGACUCUCCACACUCACUGAAGCUGAAAGAGGAGACGAGUCGCAGCGUCACUCUUUCCUGGAUCCCCGGAAACGACAACAACAGCCCUGUGUUUGAGUUCGUGAUUGAGGUGCAAGAAACGCUACAAGCUGAGAUGGGAACCCAUAAGGAAAUGAAGCUCGUUCCUGCUGAAAUCCAUCACCUGGAGAUUCCUCUCCUUCCCUUCUGCACAUACCACUUCAAAGUAGCGGCCGUUAAUAAGAUCGGGGCCAGUAAAUUCAGCGAGCCAGCCGAGUCGUACACCACACCUGCUGCAGCACCUGACAUAACCCCGGUGAAGAUACGGACUGAAUCUACUGAUCCGGACAGCAUGGUCAUCACAUGGGAGGAGCUGGAGCCGAAGCAUUUUAACGGCCCAGAUUUUGGGUAUAAAGUGUUUUGGCGUGACUCAAGUGACCCUGAGAAGCCCUGGCAGUCUGCAAAUGUUUCUCGUCCUCCAUUUAUAGUGAACAAAACAGGUACCUUCACACCCUUCGAGAUCAAAGUGCAGGCUUUCAAUGAAGAAGGCGAAGGACCGAGUCCAGAGGCUGCCCUCGGCUACUCGGGAGAAGACAUCCCACUGGAUGCCCCAACAGAAAUAGACGUAAAACUGCUUAACGCCACAACAGUGUCCGUCAAAUGGGAGCCUGUCAGUAGAGAGUCUGUGCGUGGACAUCUUCGUGGCUACGUGAUGUACGUGAAGAGGCUGGGUCUCAGAGAGGACCAUGUCCACCAAAGGAAAGAGAAGCGAGAGCUAGCUACAGUGAGAGAGAUGGUGCAAGACAUGGGACAAGUCACCGAGACAGAGGAGGAAAGACGAAUGGUUUUCGACAAAGAGGACGCGGUUGUGAGCGGACUGGAGUUCUAUUCCAACUAUGAGCUGUCAAUCACAGCCUACAACAGCAAAGGGGAGGGGCCUCGGUCUAGUCCCACCAUUUUUAUCACAAGAGAGGGAGCACCUGGCCGUCCUUCAGACCUGAGAGCUGACAGCCCUUCGGAGACCGAGCUGACGCUGUUCUGGAAAAAACCCCACAAAAAAAACGGGGUCCUAAAAGGAUACAUCUUAAUGUACCAAGAGUUUGUGGCGAACGGUCCCAGCACGCUACAGAGGGUGGAGAUUGACGACCCGACAGCGACGCAGUACAACGUGGACAAACUGAAUGCGAAAAAUUACUACAUUUUCUCCCUGAAAGCUUUUACUGAUGCCGGGGAAGGAGAAGCCAUCCAAAUUAACGCCACCACCCUACUGGAUGGAGUUCCACCAACAUCUGUUAACGCGACAGUUGGAGAAACAUCUGUGAAUCUGAGCUGGGUUCCAGGAGAACGACAGCGAAACAUCAAGUUUACAGUGCAUUACCUGAGCAAGAACGGUCAUUGGGAGGAAUCAGAGCAGGUGAAUUCGACGCAGACAUUUUAUCAGCUGCAGGGACUGAAAGCAGGCACACCGUACCGCAUCGAAAUCCGACUCAACAACCUCACGUACUGGAUACAAGAGAUGGAGACCAUACCAUCAGCUGUAGUCGUGGAGAAGAACGGCUUUGCCACUAAGGCCUGGUUCAUCGGCCUCAUUAGCGCCUUAGUGCUGCUGCUGCUCCUCCUGCUCAUCCUCUGCUUCGUCAAAAAAAGAAAAGGGGGAAAAUAUUCAGUGAAGGAUAAAGAGGAAGGACAGAUGGACUCUGACGUGAAACCCAUGAAGGAUGAAGGGUUUGGAGAGUACAGCAGUGACAAUGACGAGAAGCGUUCGUUCAGCCAGCGCUCGCUGUGUCCCGACCUGAAGCGCGAGAGUGAUGACAGUCUGGUGGAGUACGGAGACAGCGUGGACAUCCAGUUCAACGAGGACGGCUCGUUCAUCGGGCAGUACAGCGGCCGCAGAGAAACGCAACAGUACGCGCACGGAGAUCACGAGAGCUCAGGGGUCCCGUCCCCGACCAACCCCAACACGCACCCUCCACCCAGCGGCAGCUUCCCCAACUCCAUCACCGGCAUCCUCGGGGGAAACUGAGACACGGCCAGACGACUCCGCUGUAUCACGAGAGAGACACUGAGAUCGACCCGACCUAGUACUGACCUAGUACUGACCUAUUCAUUCAUGAGUAAACAAAAGAUCAUUUAUUCUCUGAAUAGCAAGUUUCAUUUACAAAACAACAAAGACACAACGAGGACCGAAAAAUAUUUCAUCACUGCCGAUGACGUUUUUUUAAGCACACACAUGCUCAUACAAAGAAACACACACUCUCACACACACACACACACACACACACACACACACACACACUAAUCUAAAGGCCUGGAUAGACAGUUUGUCUCAAAUCCGUCAGUGACAUCACUAUAGGUAACCUGAGCCUAAACUUUUAAUUCAUGUUGCAUCCGCCCACUUUCUUCCUAUGUAGCCCUGUUGACUCAAACAUGUGGUCCAAAAACUGAAAUUUUCUUACUUGUGAGGUUUAUAACAACGUCUUACUUCUCACCUUGGACAUAAAGUACAUGCUAAAUUCAUGAUUUAUAAAAGAGUUGAUGAAACAUGAAAUUAAAAGAUGGAGCUAAUAAAUUAAUUAGGAGCAUGUCUCUAUAACAAGAUCUUUUUUCGUCCUUUUUGCCUUAAAUUGAGCAAUUUAAAACAAUUAGAUUUGUUUCUGUCCUGUGUUGUGCAACACACACACACUUUUAUAAUACACAUGCACAAUACAGUACCUUUUGCACCAGUUUUUAAACAUUCAUAUUGUCUUUAAUUAUAGUUAUGCAGGAGUAGUUUAAAUUAUUUAUUUUAAAUAACUCUUGACUAUCUGAAUUUAUUGCAGCUGGUUAACAUAAAUUAGUACUUGUUAAUUGCGGAAUUACAAAAUCUGCGCCUAAAAUAUACACGCUAUAAGAAAAAAGGAGGCCAUGAAACGAAUUACGAAUAAGGAAUAAAAAAAAAAAAAAAAAAAACAAGAAAAAAAAAUCUGUAUGCUGUAAAUGUUGUAUGACCAAUAAAUAAUGAAUAAAAACUGAAUUCACAGUCUAUGUUAUACUUACACUUCUCAUAAAUAUAAAGCUCUAGACAUCAGGUUAUAUACGUAGCUGACUUGUUCUAGCUGAGUACCAUUUGUGAGCCAAUGUGCAACUGUGCAUUAAAAUGUAGAAAUUGUGCCAUCGUCUGCCAACAUCGUCAUCUCUGCUUAUGGUUAUUGAUGACUAGGAGCAUUAUUUUAAAAGAUGCCCCACCUCCAAGUUGACCAUUAGUGUGACAUUUUUUUUAUUUUUUUGGUUUGUUUUACACAAUUCCAGUUUGAAAUACAUAAUGUCGGAUUUUAUUGACGGUUCCUGCAUGAGUAAAUCUCGUGCAUUUAUAACAGAAGAAUAUAUAUUUCCAAUGUUAAAAACUAAACAAAGCUGCUCAGAGGGAACAGGUGUUAAUUAACGAAGGGGCGUGGUCAGGGCGGAGCUGUGGCAUAAAUGAGAUUUGUGCAAGAUGUGAGACAAAAUUUUAUAACACUAUGUAACAAAAUCUCUUUGUGUGAGAAACAAAUCGGACGUGAGCUAAUUAGUUAAUUUCUAAAUUAAAUUAAGUCACAAAAGCAAAGUUUGCAUGUUAUAAUGGGUAUUUUUUCACACUUUUACAACAUAAACAAUUAAGGAAUAACACACACUAUCCAGAAACAAAAGUCAAAACACAAAUAACCAGCACGUGUGAAAUUGGGCUCGAUUAGUCUCUCAAGGCCUUCAGACAAAGACACGACGAACACAUACAACAUUCCAGAUAAGUGUUUACAAAUGCUGUCCUUCUUCUCUUCAGGUUUACAUCUGAGCCUGACAUUUAUUCCGUCCCUCGCUCUCAUACUAGCCUGUGUGUGCUUUCCAUCAUCUCCUCCCGUAAGGUUUCUCUUCCACUCUCGUCAACUCUAUCGAAGCUCGAAUUCAAUUAUGCAAAAUGUGUUGUAAUAAUUUCAUAGUAAUAAUCCAUACUAACAUACGAACUACAAAAUAGAGGUAAUUCUUUUUUUUUUUAAAUGGCGUACACUAUAUUAGCAUGCUGAUAUGGAGUGUAAUAGUGAAAUAACACACAAACAACAUACAAAAUUUGUCCAGCCGCUCAUUUGGAAUCUUACAAACGAAAACGGCGUUAUUUGUUUUUGUUACGUCUAAUCGUCUGAUCAUGUUUAUAAAUAAUCCAUUAUUUCCCAGAAAUCAUAAUCAGAGUCAGGGACUUAAAAGAAACCAGAGUGGUGAUGAUGUCUUAUAUGUCUUCGGGUUUUAACUACGUAUAUACGCUAUAUAUUUACAUUCUGUUUCGUGUCACAAUGAUCAUUUGUUUAAUGAGCAGGUAUCUUGUUUUUUUUGCACUAUAUCAUACUGUCAUUAUUAUUAUUAUUAUUAUUUUAAAUUUCUCAAAUUUGGUCAUGAUAUUUUUCACAUAAUUUUCAAUAUUUUUCAAUUAUUAUUUUUAAUGUACACACAAAUAAACCAGUGUUUAGUCAGGACAAUUUGAGUUCAAUCCAGUACUACAGCAGCAAAUGUAUGUAUCUUAUAUGCCUUUUUUAUUCUUUUUAUUCUUUUAUUUCAAAAUUUCAUAAGCAGACUUGUAUUACUUUACUUCUUUCGGAAAAUAUGUUUGCUAUCAAUUUAUAUAUUUUUUGUAAAGACUGUAUAAAAACUGCUUUAAAAAUAAGGGAAAAAUAGUCCUGGUUUAACUUGAACGACCAUAGACACACACACACACACACACACGUAUAUCAAGUCAAACCAGGACAAAGUGUUCCCUUAAUUUUCCCCUCAUCAUGCACAUAAUGAUCUGUAUUUUUUUUUUUUAUAUUUACAUUUAUGAACAAUUAUUCAGUCACGUUUGAUAUUAAUUCCAUCGUUAUAAUGAUAACAAUGAUGCCAUACUGUACCAUAGCAGCAUAUGUAUCUUAUAUGAUGCUUACAUGUAUGGUGUGUACUCGCCUGACUCGUGUUUGUGACCCUUCGCAUCUUAUUUUCGAACAAUUCCAGACUCGUAUAUUAUUAUGUGUAUCAUUACCGGUGUAUUGUCAUCGCUGGGUGUUCAGUCAUAUAUUUGUUGCUACUCGCUAUAAGGUAAAAUCUCCACACCCAGAAUCUGUGAUUUAUUUGCGUUCCUAUGAGCUCUGUUAGCCGCAGAUGCUAAGCGCAUGUACCCUGGCACUGCUAUGGCAAAUCUAUCUGUAAGGUUGUGCCUGUUUUCUUUCCCCUCCUAAUGCUGAAAUUUGAAUAUGAUGCCUUACAGAGCUAUGGCUCUUCUUUUCUUGUCUUUUUAUAUUCCCAUCUGUCUUUUUACUAUCUGUUUAUCUGAGAUAACGCCAAGCAUGUGUCACUAGGAAAUGUAGUUUAGCGAGGCAUGUGCCGAGAAUCGGUUGUGCGAUGUGUAUCGUGAUGUUUGAAGUUUCAGAAAUGAGCGUCACUCUGAAUGAGUUUCAUUUGGGAGAAAAUGUCGAAAUAGGUAGCUUUUUUUUUUUUUAAAAAAGAAAAGGAAAAAAAGCUCUAGACAAGUUAGCCUUGUAGCUUUUUAAUUGAAACAUCAAGUAGCUAACUGCUAGCUAUUGUGAAGUUUAAAAUGUGGACAAUACUCCCUCGAAUGAAGAAUUUCUUUACACAUUAUGAUUUGAUAAGAUUCUUAAAAACUGUCAUAUUUCCUUUUUUUAUUCACAGAAAUCGUUUUAGUCUUUACAUUUAACUAAACAGCAAAACGCCAUUAGGGACUUGGCUCGCUAGUUAUUUAAUCAAAAUUUUAUUACCAACAAUUACUAUACUUUUUUUUAACAUACCCCAUCUUGUCAUUUAUUCAUGAUUUUAUGAAACUAGCUAGGUAAUAUAGGUCAACUUGACAGAACAUGCUAGCUAGCUAGUUUUAUCUAGCUAGUCAUUUAUUUUAGCCAGCAUCCUUCUUGUUUCUAGAGCAAGGGUUAGGGUUGAAAAAAGCAAGGCUAAUGCAACCUCACCUGCAUGCACUGGGUGAGGUAAUGUUAGCUAGCAGGCUAGCUAGUUAUAAAAAGCAACAUGUAAUCGCCAACAGUCAAAUUUGUGCGCAUCAAAUACGACAAGUUUGUAUCUAUGCUAGGAUUAAAAUAAUCACGAGACAAGCUAAAAGUAAUGUAAAUGAUGAAGGAAAUCCCAAAUGAAACACAUCAGACGUUCGUUCGCGCUUAAAUCGCCGAGCAGUGAAAUUGUAAUAUCACGAUGAUAUCGUAAACUGUGAUAAUUAGUCGAUAACUUCGGUACCUGCCGAGCUGUAAGCCUAACGACAGGCUGCAGUAUUUUUUUGUUUGUUUGCUUGUUUGUUCGUUUAUUUUUACAUUUUCUUGCUAGCAUUUAGUGCAUUUAGUAGACGAGUUGCAAAGCAGACACCCAGAAAGAAUCAGCGAGGCUUUCUGAAUGUAAAUAAACAUUAAGAUCGUCAUUUAGCAUUUCACUACCUUUCUUUUUUUCCCUGGACUGAAUUUUUUUAUAUAAAUGUGCACUGUUCUUGUUUACUUCCUAUUUCGCAGGUUUGAUAAUAUGUUUAGAAGAGUAGGAAAUGGGAAUGCAAGCUUUUUUUUUUACUUAAUGAAAAACUUAAUCACGAAGCUUCGCUACUGUUUAUGUACAUUGUAAUAAAGAGUGUAAUGAAGUGAAAUAAAGUGAAGUGAAGGAACUCUUCCUGUAGGGGGGCGCUCUCAGGGCUGUUAGUUUGCUCACGUCUGUUUUUGUAAUUACAAAUGAGCAAAACCGCUGCAUAAAGUGUUUCCAUCCACCUGUUUUAAUGCUAAUUGUGGAUUUGCGCAUGAAUAAAAACACAACUUAACAUGUCA